AACAAAAUAAAAACUCGGGGUUUCCCGCUGCGUGCUUCGUCUCUGAUGUCUGCUCUCACUCGUCGUCGAUCCUCCGAUUCCUCCUCUCCGUCUUCUCUUUUCUUUCUCUGUCUUCCACCACUGCAGUUUUCUCCCUUAUUUUCCCCAUAACUUCUAUGUACGACUGAUACGCGUCCACCUCAUUUGCUUCCUUCCAACUUGCGGUUCCAUAUAGGCAUAAUCUGCGACAAGUUUAGAAUUAAGAUCUCUAGGGUAUCCACGGCAUUUUGAUUAUUUUUUCUUCCAGGAUUUGCUUUUUGAUUGACGUGACUUUACAAGGAAUUAGAGUUUGAAUUCCCCCUUUUUCUCUUCUAGGAAUAUCUCUAUUCCCCUAGUUUCAUGAAAAAAGAUUCGUUUUGCUCCUGCUAGUUUAUUAAUUUCUUUGAGGUUUGUGAUUUGGAAUUGUCAUUAUUUUAUUAUUAUUAUUAUUAUUACUAUUAUUAGUAAUUUUAGUUUCGGGGCUUACCUGGUUCGACCUUAAUUUUGAGAUUUGGGGAUUGGAGGAGGGAAAGAGAUAAACAGUAGGAGAUUGCCCUAGAGCUUAUUAGCUUAUCGGUUCGAAAGUUCUUUUUCCUUGAUAGAACCGGAGAAGGUAAUUUGAGUUCUUUUGUUCCCUAGCUGUUAAUUUGUCGUCGGAAUCAACCAUGGCCUCUUACAGGCCUUUUCCUCCGCAAUCGUCGUAUGGUCCACCUCCGAGUCAAAACCCUAUAGCACCAGGACAUCCACCUCAACAACGUGGAAAUCAGUACAAUCAGAGCUGGGGUUAUGGUGGAGGCGAUGGUAGUAUGCCGUCAGCUCCUUCUACUUCUUUUCCCCAGAACUACAACCAAAUGGCCCCAAAUUCUAAUUAUCAUCAUGGUGGAUAUGGAUCAUCAUCAUCUUCACAGCAUUAUGGUGCUCCGAGAAGUCAACAACCCCCUCCCCCUCCUCCUUCCCAUCAACAGUAUCCAUAUCAGCCACCACCUCCUCCCCCACCUGAAACUUCUUACCCGCCUCCACCACCUCCUCCGCCACCAGCAACUUCAAUGCCGCAACAAAAUUCAGCUAACUUGCAGCCUCCACCACAUCCUCCUCUGUAUUAUCCUUCUGGUCAGUUCCCUCAGUAUGACCAGCAGCCACCUCCACCUCCUCUGUCUCCGCCACCAAGUUCUUCUGUUCCACCUCCACCUCCUCCAAGUUCACCGCCAUCGGCUGCAGCUCCUCCGCAAAGUCAAAUUAAGGAUGAGAGGCGAUUGCACGACCGCAAUAAAGGGCCCAUGCCAUCCGGUAGGCGUGAUCAUGAACAUUCACAUCAUGUGAUGCCUCAUAAACAGCAGAAGCCCGCUGUUCCUGCAAUGCCACCAAAGAAAUCAAAUGGGCCUCCUGGGAGGAUUGAGACAGAGGAGGAAAGGAGGUUGAGAAAAAAGAGAGAAUUUGAGAAGCAAAGACAGGAAGAAAAACACAGGCAGCAGCUGAAGGAAUCACAGAAUAGUGUUCUGCAAAAGACCCAAAUUUUGUCAUCUGGGAAGGGGCAUGGUUCAAUUGUAGGAUCGCGAAUGGGUGAAAAGAGGACCACUCCACUAUUGAGCGGUGACAGAAUUGAAAAUAGGUUGAAAAAGCCCACGACCUUUUUGUGCAAGCUGAAAUUCCGAAAUGAACUUCCAGAUCCAAGUGCACAACCCAAGCUUAUGGCAUUCAAGAAAGACAAAGAUCAAUAUUCGAAGUAUACAAUCACAUCUCUGGAGAAAUUAUAUAAGCCCAAACUUUUUGUGGAGCCAGAUCUUGGGAUACCUCUGGACCUGCUUGAUCUCAGUGUUUACAAUCCUUCCGGCAUCAGACCACCUCUUGCUCUGGAAGAUGAAGAAUUAUUGCGAGAUGAUGAAGCGGUAACCCCUGUUAAAAAGACCGGCAUAAGAAGAAAAGAAAGGCCUACUGAUAAAGGUGUUGCUUGGCUUGUUAAAACACAAUACAUAUCUCCUCUGAGCAUGGAAUCAACAAAACAGUCUUUAACUGAAAAACAAGCAAAAGAACUUAGAGAGAUGAAGGGAGGCCGCAAUAUUUUGGAAAAUUUCAACAAUAGGGAAAGACAAAUCAAGGAAAUAGAAGCUUCAUUUGAAGCAGCUAAAUUACCCCCUGUUCAUGCAACCAACAAAAAUUUGUAUCCUGUUGAGGUUCUGCCUCUGCUGCCUGAUAUUGAAAGACAUGAUCACCGGUUCGUUGUUGCUGCAUUUGAUAGUGCUCCAACAGCUGAUUCAGAAAUUUACAGCAAGUUGGAGAAAUCUGUUCGUGAAGCCCAUGAAUCGAGGGCAAUUAUGAAAAGUUAUACUGCAACAGGUGCAGAUCAUGUAAAUCCUGAGAAAUUUCUGGGAUACAUGGUCCCGACACCUGGAGAGCUGUCAAAGGAUAUGUAUGAUGAAAGUGAAGAUAUCUCAUAUUCUUGGGUUCGGGAAUAUCUCUGGGAUGUUCGAGGUGAUGAUGCAGAUGACCCUGCUACAUACCUGGUUUCUUUUGAGGAAUCAGAAGCACUAUAUUUGCCUCUACCAACAAAAAUCCUGUUGAGAAAAAAGAGGGCUAAAGAGGGAAGAUCUACUGAUGAGGUUGAGCAAUUUGCAGCACCUUCAAAAGUGACUGUAAGGCAAAGGCCAACCGUUUCGGCAAUUGAACGGAAGGAUUCUGUGGGUUACACAAACAUAAAGGGAAGUUCUUCAAAGAGAAGGGCUUUAGACAUGGAUGACGAUCUGGAACAGCAACAUAGAGUUGCAAUGCACCAGGAUAAUUAUCAAUCUAGUGGAGCGGAGGAUGACAUGUCUGAAUGAGCCUUUGAAGUUGAAGCAAACGUUGCUGCCUCAAAUCAAAAUUUGCUCGAUGAAGUUCUGGCCGCGGAGUUAGCAGCAGAUAGUCGAUUUGACCUGACCCAGAGUGUUUCAGUGGGAGGAGGAGGAGACGAUCGAUCCUAUAAUUUGUCCAUUAAAUCCACACCCAUAUACUUCCUGAUUGUAGGCAGUUUCAAGUUAAAUCAUCGAGCACAUUCCCCUGAUACUAUCAUGUACUAUCUACGAUAAUGUUUCGUGAAAAUUAGUAUUUUAACAUCUCAACUCUAAAGUCUUUCACACGUUGGCAAUGGAGAGAGAAUUGACAAAAGCCACAGGGGAAAUGAUUCUCUCUUGGGACUGGCGAGCAAUAAACUAAAAUGCAAGCUUCUAUGCUGGAUGCACCUAAUGGGUUGUGAGAAUAAUGGAGGACGCUGAUCCAGCUUGUGAAUUGCAGAGGAAGUCUUCUAAAUGAAGUGCUUGUGCCCAGUUUGUUUUCUUCAGCUCAGUGAUAAGAAAUGAUAGUUGACUCUCAGCCGCUGCUCAUUGAACAAAAGAAAAUAACAGCGCAUGUGUCCAAUUUCCACUGUAUAAGCUGUACAAGCCAUUUCUACUUUUCAAUUUUCGCAGCAUUCUGAAGUUGCUGACUUGCUAUCAUUUAAUUUCAACCCAUGAUGUAUUAUUAUUAAUCUAUAGUUGGUCAACAAUGAUUUUAUGUAUUGCAAUUUUGUUAUUUUAAUCA